AUUGUUGGAUUGUGGCGCUUCACUCCUGCUGGCGGCCGGCAGGGGGCGGAGUUCGAGCCUGGAUUUUUUUCCUCGGGGCCUCCCCCGGGAGGCCGUCCCGGCGUGGGGGAGGGGAGGACGGCGCGGGAGGAAGCGGUUCGGUCGGCUGCAGCGCUACUUUUGGUCCGGGGUCGGCAGGGAGGCCGCGGCUACCGCAUCACAGCUGACGUGAGGACUACGUGGGGCCGCUGCCGGCUCCGGGUUGCUGGGCGGCGGCGCCGCUGCUGAGCGGCGGUCGGGCUCGCCGUCUCCACCUCCUCGCGUCCGUAAUCAGUGACGAGGUCCGCUACGUAAAUCCCUUUGCGGCGGGAUAAAUAAAGAAAACAGGAAAGGAGGAAAGCAUUGAUUACAGAUGUCUUAACAAUGAGCAAAUGUGCAAGGAAAAAAUAUAUUAAGACAAAUCCAAGACAAAUGACCAUGGAAACAGUUGAAUCCCAGCAUGAUGGAAGUAUAACAGCUUCUUUGACAGAGAGCAAGUCUGCUCAUGUGCAGACUCAGACUGGCCAAAAUUCAAUCCCUGCUUUAGCUCAGGUUUCUGUGGCUGGAUCAGGCACCGGAAGAGGCUCCCCAGCUGUAACUCUAGUGCAGUUACCUUCGGGCCAAACUAUACAUGUCCAGGGAGUAAUUCAGACACCACAGCCAUCGGUUAUUCAGUCAUCACAAAUACACACCGUUCAGGUAGCAGCAAUUGCAGAGACAGAUGAAUCUGCAGAAUCAGAAGGUGUAAUUGAUUCUCAUAAACGUAGAGAAAUCCUUUCACGAAGACCCUCUUAUAGGAAAAUACUGAAUGAACUGUCCUCUGAUGUGCCUGGUGUUCCCAAGAUUGAAGAAGAGAGAUCAGAGGAAGAAGGAACACCACCUAGUAUUGCUACCAUGGCAGUACCAACUAGCAUAUAUCAGACUAGCACGGGGCAAUACAUUGCUAUAGCCCAAGGUGGAACAAUCCAGAUUUCUAACCCAGGAUCUGAUGGUGUUCAGGGACUGCAGGCAUUAACAAUGACAAAUUCAGGAGCUCCUCCACCAGGUGCUACAAUUGUACAGUACGCAGCACAAUCAGCUGAUGGCACACAGCAGUUCUUUGUCCCAGGCAGCCAGGUUGUUGUUCCAGAUGAGGAAACUGAACUUGCCCCAAGUCACAUGGCUGCUGCCACUGGUGACAUGCCAACUUACCAGAUCCGAGCUCCUACUGCUGCUUUGCCACAGGGAGUGGUGAUGGCUGCAUCGCCCGGAAGUUUGCACAGUCCCCAGCAGCUGGCAGAAGAAGCAACACGCAAACGAGAGCUAAGGCUAAUGAAAAACAGGGAAGCUGCCCGGGAGUGUCGCAGGAAGAAGAAAGAAUAUGUCAAAUGUCUUGAAAAUCGUGUGGCUGUGCUUGAAAACCAAAACAAGACUCUCAUUGAGGAACUCAAGGCCCUCAAAGAUCUUUAUUGCCAUAAAGUAGAGUAACUGUCUUUGACUUGGACCUUGUUUACUGUAAUCAAGGCAGGAGAUGCAGCAGUCCUACUUAUUGCCAUGUGGACUUGUGGGAAGGACACGUGUGACCCUUAAGAAUCCAGUUUGGAUUAGUGUUUGAAAUUGAAUUGGGAAUGUUGUUCCAGGAUGUGGAAUGCAGCCGUGAUCACACUUACCGAGCUUACUUUGAUCUGUUUGUCAAUAGCAUGCAAAAAAUGCUUUGUUUGCCCUUUGCUUCUGCGUUUUUCAGGGAAGCUGCCAAAGAAUGUCGACGUCGAAAGAAAGAAUAUGUAAAAUGUCUGGAGAGCCGAGUUGCAGUGCUGGAAGUCCAGAACAAGAAGCUUAUAGAGGAACUUGAAACCUUGAAAGACAUUUGUUCUCCCAAAACAGAUUACUAGAAAUAUUUAACUAUGAACUGAAGACAGCAUGUAUAGUUGCUUUUGAAGGAAUACAAUAUAUAGCUGGCAAGAAUGGUGGCUUCUUUUCUUUGUAUCAUUCAUCUUCUUCUUUAAUCACUCAACAUUCCUAAAAUGCUUCACUGUAUGUAGUUAAGUCGUAGCUAUAACUUCAAAUUUUUUAAAAGAGACAAACUGUAAAAAAUGUGUGUAUUCUUAAAAUGCAAUAUUUGUAAGGCUUGUUCCAAUGCCACAUACUUGCAGCUCCCAUUCUAUGUGUCAUCAAUAGUGUCCUAUGCAAUAAAAUUAUUUGCAGGUCUUUAAA